GCUGAUCAUAUUGGCGUUAGCAAUCGGGGCUCGUCGGAAAACGAGUGAAUUUCUCUGCUUUUUUCUAUUAUUUCCUGAAAGCUGCAUUACGAAUACAUCUAUUUCUAUAGCUUGUACCUACGCUCCUCGAGGGUAUGAGCGGUGCUGAGCAUUACACAGUGAUUGUGUCGUAGAAAAAAAACACUGCACACCGGCGUUUUUCAUAUACAGUUAAGGGGCAUGCGUGUGCUGAUCAGCUGCUGUAGUGCACUUUGUCGCUGGAUCAGGCGCGUCAAAAUCAGGUAGUUGGGCUGAACGUAAGGGUCCUUGGUCUAGCGCCUUUUUGUCAGGAUGUUGGCGAUUGGGUUUAUACUGUGUUGUUUGCUCAAUGGAUUAUUACGGAUGGACGCGGCGCCCGCUGCGCCAACCGGCAACGAUUUGCCGGCCAACUGGCAGGAUUUAAUUGGGAACAGUCAAGGCCAGGGUCAGUCACACGAUUUACUGCAGAAUGGCGGCGUCUUCGAGGGGGAUAUCAAGGGCAUCGACCGAUCCGCCACCAACUCGGACGCCUUGUCAAACAUGGCGCACAACGCCGUGAUGGACCGCAGCCAGUUGUGGCCGAACGGAAUUGUUCCCUACACCAUCGGCAGCGGAUACAACAGUCAGCAGAAGCAGGUGAUACAGGGCGCCCUCAACGACAUCAUGCAGAAAACCUGUGUGCAAUUCAAGCAGCGCACCAACGAGCGUGAUUACAUCACCUUUGUCAACCGCAACGCCGGUUGCAGUUCGUAUGUGGCGCGCGUUGGCGGUCAGCAGCUGAUUGAUCUGCAAGAAGGUUGCAUUUACGAGUUUGGCGAGGUUCAACACGAGACUAUGCACGCGCUGGGCUUCUUCCACGAGCAGAGCCGCAAGGAUCGCGACGAUUACGUCACCAUCGUCUGGAGCAAUAUCCAGCGCGAUAACUAUGAUCAGUUUGAGAAAUACCAGUCAAACUUGUUGGGUUUGCCGUACGACUACGACAGCAUUAUGCACUACGGAUGGAACUACUUCGCCAUCAACCGCGGCAAGCCGACCAUCGUGCCCAAGAAGCAAGCCACCAUCGGCAACCGUAAAGUAAUGAGCGCCACCGACGUGCAGAAGAUCAACCUCCUCUACCAGUGCUCAGGAGCCAAAGCACCAAAGGUCACCUCCUCCCAGGGUAGCGGCUCCUCACGACCCUCCAGCCCCUCCCAAGGCUCCGGCUCCCGGGGCACCUCCAUCCUGGAUAUUCUCUUUGGCGGCCUGGGCGGAACAUCUUCCUCCGGCCGCGAUGAGGCGCCGCCGCCGCAGGUGGUCACGCGAACGACCACUACGACGCAGGCUCCGCAAAAGAGCUCUGGCGGGAUUACCGGGGCUAUUAAGAGCUUCUUUUCCGGGCUGUUUAACGGAUGAUCGAGGGCUGCGCCGUCGCUUCGAUUACUUAAGCUGUGAUGCAGAUUGUGAGCAGACAAAAUUUCCCAUUUGUUGUAUUCGUUUUAUGUAUUAACGAAACGAAGUUUUAUCUUAAUGGAACUCGUAUUUGUUCGGCACUCGGCAGUAUAUUCUACAGUUACGUAUACAGUAACCGUGCAUAAAAAAAACAAAAUUAUCAA